GAUGGAUUUGUUGCAAAAACAACUGAUUGCCAGGGAACCAUUUUUAUAUUGAUGUGUUUCUGGUGAUGCUUAGCUCGCUUGGUGUGUCCAAACAUUCAAUAACUUCAGUGACAACCUCAGUUGAACAAAAUCUCGUUCUCCGGUAUGAACUGAAUCAAAAUAGAGUCUUGGCGUGGACAAGAUCUCUGUGCUGUUCAAGAUUUUUUUUUUUUCUUGUUCCAAUCACCUCCAUGUCUUAGCUGAGACACUCCAUCUCUGCAGGUGCACUUUUGUUUCCCAUCAGCCCUCCAGCUAGAUUUUGGAGAUGUGCAUUACUUUACUGUUUUUUUCCUUAAGCCCCGUUAAAGCGGGAAAAUCCACACGCUCCUGAGCCGUUGCGCAGCCGCGAUGCGUUUCUGCGUAACGACUGACUGAACACGGAACAUCCUCACUGCGCGACUUCACCAGCGACUGGACGCGAGCACCAUCCCCGAACCGAAGACAACAUCCCCUUCCCAAGCCUGAUUUCCCGACAUGGAUCUCUGAUAUUAAGAAAAAGACCGUCUCUCCAGGUGCACAUAGUGGGGCUGAUUACCAGAUUUUAGGAGUUGAACUUUCACUGGAUUCCAUAAUCAGAACAGCAACACCAUGCAUCACCUCUGUGCCCUGCAUACCUCGAAUACCCUGUUUGCUCUCUUCAUCAUCAUCCUGAGUGUUACCCAGCUUUCCCAGGCCACCUCUGAUGUAUCCCACAGUAGCCCUGGGAACUGUUCUGGGGAGGACAGCUGCUCUGAGGGUGUGGUACUCCCUGUAUGGAACCCCCAGAACCCAUCAGUGGGAGAUAAGGUGGCGCGUGCCAUUGUCUAUUUCGUUGCCCUCAUCUACAUGUUCCUGGGAAUGUCCAUCAUUGCAGAUCGCUUCAUGUCCUCCAUCGAGGUCAUCACCUCACAAGAGAAGGAAAUCACAAUUAAGAAACCCAAUGGAGAGACUACCACUGCCACGGUCCGCAUCUGGAACGAGACAGUCUCUAACCUGACCUUAAUGGCGUUGGGUUCUUCAGCGCCGGAGAUCCUUCUGUCUGUGAUUGAAGUGUGUGGGCACAAGUUUGAAGCUGGUCAUCUUGGUCCCAGCACCAUAGUAGGCAGUGCUGCCUUCAACAUGUUUAUCAUCAUCGCUAUCUGUGUCUACGUGGUGCCUGAUGGUGAAGUGAGAAAGAUAAAACACUUGAGGGUCUUUUUUGUGACAGCGGCUUGGAGUGUGUUCGCCUACAUCUGGCUCUACCUGAUCCUCUCCGUAUUUUCCCCUGGCAUAGUGGAGGUCUGGGAAGCUGUGUUAACAUUCCUCUUCUUUCCCAUUUGUGUGCUCCAAGCCUGGAUUGCAGACCGCCGCUUGCUCUUCUACAAGUACGUUCACAAGCGCUACCGUGCCGACAAGAAUCGAGGCAUCAUCAUCGAAACGGAGGGUGAUGGUAUGUUCACCAAGAUGGACAUGGAGAUGGAUGGGCAGGGCACCAACUCUCACCACAAGGAGGUUCUGGAUGGCAUGCUUGCUGGCGUGGAGGAGGGAGGAGGCGGAGGAGCAGGAGGAGGUGGAGAAGAAGAAGAGGCGCGAAGGGAAAUGGCUCGUACGCUGAAGGAGCUGAAGCAAAGGCACCCUGAGAAGGACAUGGAGCAGCUGAUAGAAAUGGCCAACUACCAAGUGUUGGUUCAGCAACAGAAGAGCAGGGCGUUCUACCGCAUUCAGGCCACACGCAUGAUGAUCGGCGCAGGGAACAUACUGAAGAAGCAUGCUGCAGACCAGGCCAGGAAAGUGGUGAGCUGCCAUGAGGCCAACGCACAAGAAGAGGAUCCUAACACCAUCUACUUGGAGUUUGAGCCCUCUCACUACCAGUGCUUCGAGAACUGUGGUUCCCUCAAACUGGCUGUGGGCAGACAUGGAGGAGACAGUGGCUGCACAGUAAAAGUGGACUAUCGAACUGAGGAUGGUACAGCUAACGCUGGCUCUGAUUAUGAGUUUGCUGAGGGGACACUGGUCUUCAAAUCAGGCGAGACCAUAAAGGAGCUGACAGUUGGCGUAAUUGAUGAUGACAUCUUCGAGGAAGACGAGCAUUUCUAUGUGCACCUCAGUAACCCACGUGUCGUUCAUCGAGCCGAGGUCUCCAUUCUCGAUCCAAACGCCCCAGGUAAUAGCCUUUUAGGCUCCGUCCCCAUCCAGCCAAAAGCUGCGCUGGGUGCUGCUCAUACUGCCACGGUGACCAUCUAUGAUGAUGACCAUGCGGGGAUCUUCACAUUCGAGGGUGCGUCAAUGCGCGUGAGUGAGAGCGUGGGCAUCAUGCAGGUGAAGGUGCACAGAACGUCUGGAGCACGCGGAAAGGUGGCAGUGCCGUUCCACACCAGUGAGGGGACCGCCAAGGCUGGAGAGGACUAUGAGGAGGUGGCUGGAAAAUUGGAAUUCCUCAACGAUGAGACCAUGAAGAUGCUUGAGGUGAAGAUUAUUGAUGAUGAGGAGUACGAGAAGAACAAGACCUUCACCAUCCAGCUGGGGGAGCCUAUCCUGCUGGAGAUUGGACAGAAGCAUGGAGAUUCCAAUGAUAACAAGCCAGCAGUAGGGAUCGAGGAGGAAGGGGUGGCCAAGAUGGGCUGCCCAAGUCUGGGAGAGCACACCAAGCUGGAAGUGGUGAUUGAAGAGUCCUACGAAUUCAAGAACACAGUGGAUAAGCUGAUAAAGAAGACUAACCUUGCGUUAGUUGUGGGCAGCAGUAGCUGGCGAGAGCAGUUUGUCAGUGCUGUCACUGUCAGUGCAGGUGAUGAUGAUGAAGAAGAGAGUGGUGAAGAGCGCUUGCCCUCUUGCUUUGAUUACAUCAUGCACUUCCUGACCGUCUUCUGGAAGGUCCUGUUCGCCUUCGUUCCACCUACAGAGUACUGGAACGGCUGGGCUUGCUUCUUUGUGUCCAUUGUGCUCAUCGGCGUGUUGACCGCCGUCACCGGAGACCUGGCCUCCCAUUUCGGCUGCACCGUUGGCCUGAAAGACUCGGUCACGGCUGUGGUGUUUGUGGCGCUCGGUACCUCUGUACCUGACACCUUUGCCAGCAAAGUGGCCGCCAUCCAGGACCAGUACGCCGACGCCUCCAUCGGCAAUGUGACAGGCAGCAAUGCUGUGAACGUCUUCCUGGGCAUCGGCGUGGCGUGGACCAUCGCUGCUGUCUAUUGGAACAGCAAAGGCCAGCAGUUCCAUGUGCCACCUGGUUCGCUGGCCUUCUCUGUCACACUCUUCACCAUAAUGGCACUGGGCUGCGUGCUCACACUGCUGUACCGCCGUCGGGCCUCGGUCUCCGGCGGAGAGCUCGGGGGGCCGCGGACCGCCAAGCUGCUCACCGCUCUGUUCUUCUUCACCCUGUGGCUCUUCUACAUCUUGCUAUCUUCGCUGGAGGCCUACUGCUACGUGCCUGGCUUCUGAGAGUCACAGAGAAGGAAGGGAGGGGGAGAGAGAGAGAUAUAGAAAAAGAAAGAAAGAGAGACAGAGAAAGAGAUUUCCUUCCUGUGCAACCACCUAAUUAUUCUCCCUACUGUUGUGACAUACUGUAUCUAUAAAGUGUUCAAAUUGAUGUUUACAUUUGUUAUUGCACAUAAUUAGUGUUUUUGGAAUGGGACCAGUUCCUUCUUGCUUGCACUGAGGUGGAUUCUCUGUGCUUGUGGAGUGUCUUGAGAUUCUUUUUAAUAAAUGGAGGGAACUCAGAGACAUUGCAUACUACACGGUUUACACUAUUGGCACGUGCUAAUCUCGACUACAUGGGAAAGCCAAUCGAGAACUCACUUCACCUUAUCCAGUAUUGGGGCUGUCUUUUUUCACAUUUUCACUCUUUAUGUCGAUAUCUUCACCGUCCGCCACAUCAGGCUCCCUAUCAAUAGACCCACUGGUUUACCAGGUGUGUGGAUGUGCUUCAUAGCUUCUUCAGCCAUUUAGAACAGACCAUCCCAUCCUCCUCUUUGGCCUUCUCUGAAGAUCCCCACAGAACCACCUGCACAAACCAGCAUAAUUUCCUUCCAACCCCUCCAGCUACUCUUGAUUUCUACUCCCUUCUUCUGUUAAGUGCUCGUCUUGUGCAAGUGUUGGGAAAGUUCUUUUGUUUUUAAAUUACUCCUGAAACGAAACCAAAUCAUGGAGUGUGUUUGACAGUUUUGCUUAAAAGAGGUGUCACUAAAAUGACUAGUAUAGCACAAGAGAGCAAAAUACAUGCUGUUGAGAUAAAACUCAUAAAAAUCAUGGAUGUAUAUUCAUAAGAUAAUUGCUAUUUAUUAUCCUUGCCUGUAUAUUGUGUGUUCAGGUGUGUGUGGGUGUGUGUGGGUGUGUGUGUGUGUGAGAGAGAGAGAGUGAGAGAGAGAGAGAGAAAGAUGAUGUUUUGGACAAGUAUUGUGGUAUUCAGAGCAAAAAGCAAAGUGACACUGGUGUGUUUAGUACAAGCAUGCCAAGCAUGCUUACUGGUGUGUUUGCUCUCCAAUCCUAUAUACACACAAAACAAAAUGCAAACGCACGUACAUACAUACAUACAUACAUACAUGCGCAUUACUAUGGAGUUGUUUUGCUGUCAAAAUCCAUACAUGCCUCAAUAAGAUCCUAAUUUUAUGAACUGUAACAAUAUUUUUACAAUAUUAAUGUGAAAACGAAGUGGUUGUCUGUACAAAGUUGAGUGGGCACAGCUAGGUGGAUGGAUAAGGGGCGGGGAUGAAAGAAAAAGUUCUAGGAGUUGUGGUUGUCAAAGCUCUACACAUAUAAUAAUAAUCUGCCACCUAACAUGUUUACAAAUUGACUAUCGAUUUGUGAUUUAUAAAAUAAUUUUGUGGCAGCAUUCUCUUGUUUGUGUCUAGAAUUCUGCACAAUUAUAAGGGAAAAACUUCACAUUUAUGUCUGAAUGAUAAUUUUUUAAUUAGAAUUUAAAUUUGAACAAAGUCCUGAAAAUGCUGCUCUAGUGUCACGUUCACAUGUGAUUACAUUCAACAGCAAAAUUACCUCAUGACCUUCCAUAUACCCCCAUGAAGACAUCAUUAUUAUAACUAUAGAGUAUAUAGAGAAACAGAGUACUAUUGCGUGCAGCGUACAGGGAUACCUGGGUGUGUUCACACCAGAUGCUGAAUUAAGAAAGAGGACCAUACUCUAUACUAUGGUGUAGCUGGUUAUUGAAUAUGGCUCUCUAAAUUUUACUGCUUCCAUAGCAUUGUGACUUGUGCUCAUGAGUUUACAUGCACCUUGCAGAAUCUACAAAAUAUUAAUAAUUAAAAUAAUAAUAAUAAUAAUAAUAAUAAUAAGAGGGAUCAUAAAAAUGGCAUUUUGUUUUGUAUUUAGUCCUGCCCUGAAUAAGCUAUUUCACAUAACAAUGUUGACAUAUAGUCCACAAGACACAAUAAUAACGGAGUUUACACAAAUGAACCAGUUCAAAAGUUUGCAUACACUUGAUUCUUAAUACUGUGUGUUACCUGGAGGAUCAACGAGUGUUUUUAUGUUUUGUGAUAGUUGUUCAUGAGUCCCUUGUUUGUCUGCCCACUGUUCUUCAGAAAAAUCUUCCAAGUCCUGCACAUUCAUUGCUUUUCCAGGAUCUCAAGAAAGCAAAACGAUACAUUAAGACCCAGGGGGGUGUAAACUUUUGAACAGGAUGAUAGGUGUAAAUUGUUUUUAUUUUGUCUUCCGGGAAACAUUUACAUAUUUUAUGUGGCUUCUGAAGGGCAGUGAUAAAUGAAAAAAAUAAGAUCUUUAAACAACAUUAUAACAGUUUGCACAGAUCAUUUGCUGCUAUUGAAACUUUGAAACGUGGAGCUGUAAUCUUCACCCCAUUAAUCCAGCCCUGUUUGUGUUUAACAAAGCACUGAUACUUCCCGAUUGCAUCACUGCUGUUUCAUUUUGCUGUAUGCGCCUGCUUAAUGCAUUUUGGAUUGAAUUUCAAAUCGAUUUUUUUUUUGCAUGCUCUAAUCAGUUACUCCCAUCUGUUUCUUAAGUAAUGACACUAGGUUCAGUUCCAGCAACCCAGGAGCCUCCUUCGCCACAUCCUCAGUCUGUCUUUUCCUUUCUCAUCCUCAGAUACAUUAUUCCCGUGACUCAUCUCGAGCCCAAUGCAGAGUUUGCAGUAUUACAUUCAUUUGAUAUAAUUGCUAAUAGGGCUUUGUUUUUAUUUAGUAACGUGCAGCCAGGCGUCCGGAAAUCCUCAGAAUGCUUGUGGCUCUGGCUGGUUUCCUGCUCUUUGCUGUCAGCAGUCACUCGGCUAGUUCUUGUAGACGUUUUAAGGCACACUUCGCUUUCUGCAUUUUAAAGAGCUGGUUAUUUUUUUGCAUCUAUGUCAGGUUGAAAAAAGCAAAGUGCUGACUUUCAUUGUCUCAGAGACCAAUAGUGAGGUAUUUAUUUAUUCACUGAAAUCCCAGAAAGUUCUCAUAUCUUCAAUUUUCAGACCCACAUCAUCUGUGGAAGCUCCAGAAACCAGCAUCACAUGAGAAUGGUUCAACAUGUGUACUUUACCCUGAAUUGUACAAAAAAAGAGGAAAGGAAUAAAAAGCAGCAGGAGUGAAUAUUUUUUAUGCUUCUUGUUGCUAGGCAACAUCUCACAGAGUCAUUGUCUUUCAGUCAUGUUGUCUGAUGUCAGUGCGCUAGAGUGCAUAAGCACGCUCUCUUAGUUUUUUUAUUUAUUAUUACUCUAUUUUUUACUCUAAAUAAUAACAACACGAAUACCGAUAUGAAUGAAGAAUGAUUUUCUUAGCCUGCGUAAUUAUCCACAUUACUCCACAAUGUAGUACAGAAUCCUUCUAGGGUAGUAGUGGCUCAAGGGCUAAGGCUAGUAAGGGUUACUGAUCAGAAAGUUGGAGGUUCAAGACCCAGCACUGCCAAGCUGCCCCUGUUGGGCACUUGAGCAUGGCCCUCAACCCUUUCUGCUCCAGGGGUGCUCUCUUUGCUCCAUGGCUGAUCCUGCGUUCUGACCCCAACUUCCUAACAAGCAUAUGUAUAUGUAACAAAUAAAGGCUUCUUCUUCUUCUGAUGUAAGAUUUCACAAACUUCAGGAAAGCAUGGCACAGGGUCGAAUUUUGUGAGUGAUGGGCAAACAAUUUUCAGAAACAGAAAUGAUGUGUCUUUAAUCUGCCCCAUCAUUUUCCUUACUUCUUUAAGAAAUGAUGACAAAGUUGCCCUUUUUUUGCCCAUGCCCAUAAUGUGUGAGCAUGUGACUGAUAACGUGAGUACUUACCAAUUGGUCAUCAUGUAAAUGUUAUUUUCAGAAGAGAUUCAUUUUUAUUACAAUUUUUAAAAGAACUCUAGAGUCUGAUCUACGUAAAUAAGUUCCAGAACGCAAGCUCUCCAACAUGUGAGCGCGACUGGAUCUUGUUUCAGCAUGAUCCGGCACAAACGAAGAACUGGUGCUGACACAGCUUUACAGCAGUCCUCCUUCCUAAAAGUGCUCAUUAAGACAUCGCUGCCAAAAAAAAAAAAAAAAAAAAAAGGAUCCUAGAUCAGCACUCUUCCUCCGACACAUGGAUAACUCUUUUGGGACCGGGAUAGUGAUUGAUUUGUGUAGAAAGAUAAAGCCAGCACAGCUCCUUUCAUUUCUUAAAAUGUAAAGGAGUUGUCUCAGUUAGGCCUCUUCAUAAAACAUUAGUUUUCAGCAUGAGUUGUUAUUCUUCAGAAUUUAUUCUUAGAACAUGCUUUCUUCCUUCAGGGCAGGAAAUAAGAUUCAUCUAAUUAGAGGUAACAGCAUGUAGAUGAAAGAGUUAUGUGUGUAUGCCAUCUCUGAUCACUGGUGUGUGUGGAUUAGUACACUUUCUCUACACUGCAUCAAGACUGGUAUUAUAACAGACAAAACAAUAGCACAGACAAAAAAAAAAGAACAGCUGAUGUAUCUCUGCUCUUCCUUACUGUUUCAUCCGCUGCAGCCUCUGACCUAAAGCCAUGUUUUAUAAUGACACACAGACUAAGCACAACGCAAUGCUCGUUAUUUAGCCAAAGCAUGUUUCCUGGCCUCACACACAUGCUAAUAAACAUACUCUUUUCAAACAUAUGCGUACAAAUCCUUCGAGUAUAGGAGGGAUGGGUGUUGUCCUUUCCUUGCAUGCUUGUUUCAUCGUCAGUUUACUAAUGUAUGCUGUGCGUAUUUCAGUCUGUCACACGUGCUGUCGUGAUCCUCAAAUCUAAAGCAUGUCUUUUCUAUGUGUGUGAGUGCGGGUCUGUCUAUUUAGGUUUAUUCCUUUAAGCACAACACCGAAAUAAUUACAAAAAGUGACAAUUUUGUGUUGUUUUUUUAUGUAUUACUAUUUGAUAAAUUACUGCUUUAAGAGACGUUUUUUUAAAUGCCAAGUGUUCUUAAUUUCAGUAUAUGAUAUUACUGUUCGAUUGGUACUGCACAGGAGACAAAAUUAUAUUUUGAGUAAACGGAUUACAGCAAAGUGCUAUAGGCAUUGAUAUUAUCAGAAACGAACAAUUCAUGUCAAUUAACGCUGUAAUUAAGUGUGUAUGUGUGUGUGGAAGGAUGGCGUGAAUUUGUGUCGACUCACUGAAGCUGUUCCGUGAAGGUGAAUGAAGAACGAGUCUCUGUUUGUAGUGCAUAAUCACUGGUUUCUUAUUUAUGGAAGACUACAUUAAAGUUGAAAUUGUAUAUUAUAC